AUGUUACAUUUACGGUCAGUAAGUAAUCCCACCAGUGAACUUUGUAGUAGCUGGAGGGUCACUCCUGAUGUAGUGGAUGAUCGUGUCAUUGAAGAGCCACCAUCACCAGAAGGACCAGAUGUCACCUACCAACUCCUUGCUGACAAUAGAUAUUCAUUCCUGGUGUCCCUUCCUAAUGCCACUGAUGAAGUAGCCCACCCGCGGAUCAAUUUCACUACAUAUGAUGUCCAGAGUGCUGCCGCUGACACCACCAAGGGUACCGAUAAUGGGUUCACUUUUACUGGAGAGUUCAUUGAGAGCACAACAGCUCAGGGAUGUUUCAUAGUUUUAGAAUCUGAAUAUGGAAAUCCUGAUGUAUUCAGAGCCCUACUACUGCCAGAUGACUCCAGCACUUAUGUACCGCAGAGUAUUAUGAUAACAUUUUCUCUUCACCGUAUCAUGUGUUUGUCUAUGACCUGAGGAGAUGGACUGACUAGCAGCAUCCUGCUGUGAACAGAGCACUACUGUCACUGUUAUGGGCACAGUGAGGUGUCUGCUGUAUUAGUGGUACAUUUGCCUUUUAUCAAUUCUAUAUGCAGGUCCGCAUCGCUGAUGCCAGAAUCUCAAUUUCUAACAAUGGCAGUGGUUGACUGGACAUGAAACAGCACAGUGUGAAUUGAGUGCAUUGUAAGUUCAAAGACUGUAAUAGAGAGAGCCUCAUGUGUCCGGG